CUCAGCCAGGCAAGAUGGCUGCGCCCGAACAAAUCGCUGGAGAGUUUGAAAACUGGUUAAAAGAUCGGUUAGACUCUCUCGAAGUUGACCGAGAAGUUUAUGGCGCAUAUAUACUCGGUGUCCUUAAAGAAGAGGAGAAUGAUGACGAGAAAAAGGACGCUUUACAAGGCAUUCUCUCCGCUUUCUUGGAAGAUGACACGUUAGAGGAGGUUUGCCAGCAGAUUUUACAUCAUUGGACUGAGUACAGUAGAUCCACAAUGAGGAGUAAUCAAGAAGAUGAGGUUCAGGCCAUUGCCAGUUUAAUAGAGAAGCAGGCACAGAUUGUGGUUAAACAGAAGGAUGUGUCCGAGAAUCCCAAGAAGGGGAAGGAGGCUUUGCUGGCCCAGUAUGCUAACAUCACUGAUGAAGAGGAUGAAGAUGAGGAGGACGAGCAAUCAGCAGUAGGAAUACCCAGCGAUAAAUCCUUGUUCAAAAACACUAACGUAGCAGAAGUUCUGAACCGCCGCAAACAUCAGCGUGAACAGGCCAAAGAAGACGCACAGAAGAAGAAAGAACAAGAUAAAAUGCAACGUGAGAAAGACAAACUGGCCAAGCAGGAUCGAAAGGACAAAGAAAAGAAGCGUACACAGAAGGGAGAGCGCAGGAGAUAGAGAUGCAUGCAGGAAAACUUUUAUAGAUUACACAUUGGCUAUACAGAAGUGAGAGGAUGGGGAAAACAAUGAAACCUCAAAAGACGCUGUCCUGACUAACAAUGUUUGCAUUCUCUUUUUGGUCUGAUGUUAUCUAUUGAAUGAUAAUGUAGGGCCUGAGACAUUUUCUAAGCUUUCACAAAACAAACCAGUAACGGGUUGAAGAUUGUUUCAUGAACCAUUUAUUUGUUACAGGUGCCGACUGCUGUGCUACUUAUUUAGGAGUGAAUUUUACAAAACAUGUAAAGACCAUAUUUGACUCCAAAAUAAAACUGUUUUGCUCAUAUACAGACUGUUUUAAGACUUUAAAUAUUAUAAAUAAUACUCCAAAAAGCUUAAAAAAACAAUAGCAAAAUGUAUUACUUACGAUUUUGGGGUGAAAUGUGAGCUGGAUGUUUUCAUGAAAAUCAAACUUCAAUGCUGACCAGGUGGUAACCAACAUGCAUAUGUGUCUACAAACAGUAAUUCCUUUCUUAUUGCUUUGAAGGAUCUGUUUUUGUAUUCUCCAUCUGCUGGUAAUAAUUAACACUUUGGUGAUUUUUGAUUCAGCUUACUUUACAUCUUACUAGUCAAAACCUGAAACCAUCGGAAGCCUUCUUGUCCUUCAGCAAUAUAUAAAGAGGGCUCACAAAGAUAGAGAAAAAAGACUUUAUAUUGGUGGGGGCUGAACUAUUCAAAACACAAAUCACUUUGAAUGAUGUUUCUGUCUUUUUUUCAUUGAUGUUUGCAAUUAAGAAUAUUGAAUUUUUGUGAUGUUAUUUCAGGAAAGAGAGAAAAGUGUGUGUGAUCUAUUAGAUUUUUUGAUGCUGCAACACCUUAAAGAUUGCCCAGUCAUAUAUUGUGUCAGGCUUCAUCAUAGGGAAACAAAUAUCUUCAGUUGCAAGUUUCUUUUAACUGUUAAAAGCAGAAGAUUUCAACUCCCUUUUUAUUAAAUAAGUUUUUCUAUGCUAAAA